UGAAUGUUCUUUGUUUACUACCGAAUGGGACGAAAAAAUAGAAUAAAAAGGUGUCCAAUCUUUCCUCACCCUACUAUAUAAUCCAAUGGAAAAAAGCAGGAGCAUGUACUUUGUCGCUAUGAUGUAUUGUUGUUUAAACAUUGUAAGGAUUUCCCCGUUAAAGGAAUUCGCUUUAAUCAGUUUGGGUAUUCGGUUCAAUGUCAAGCUACAACUUCCAAGGAUACAGAUGGCAUUUUGUGGUUUGGAGGGGGAUUUUCUAUUCCAGACCAUUAGCUUCUGUUGCCGUAAGUGCAGCAUUGAGAAUGUACUGUACUGUAACAGUCUGUAAGAUUUAAACGCCAGACGCUGCGAGAUAUAGGAUUUAUUUAUACCCGAGAGUAUUUGCUGACGGUAUAAAGUUAAAACACGAAGUCAAUUUUCUUGCUUUUUCACCCAAGCUAAAGCGCUGUGUAAUAUGAACCUGUAUUUGUUGAUAUGCUCCGUAUUUCUGGGAUACGUUGCUGAAGGACAAGCUCUCAAGUGUUGGGAAUGCAAUGAUGAAGCUUACGAUGGUAACCCGUUGGGACACAACUGCUAUGAUAAAGUGACAGCAACCAACACCUGCACUGCGGUUCAACUAUGCCUAUCUAAAUUUAUUUUGAAAGACGGUUUGCCCAUGUCGGUAAGGCGCGGAUGCGACUACAUUUCGGGCUACCAAGAGCAAGGCAAUAUUCAAUGCGAUGUUUCAAUUAAUCAAAACAUCCUUUAUCCAAACACGAAGGCAUUAACUACUUGUUACUAUUCCUGCAAUACUACCGAUAACUGCAACAACAUUUCUACCACGAAAUUGAAACCAUGUACAAAACUCUGUCCCGCGGGAAUUUCCUAUUGCGAUUAUUUGACUGGAAACUGCGUUUGCAAAACACCUGCCUAUAAAUUUCCCAACUGCCCAGCAGAACCCAGCCCUACAACAUACAGAAGCUGUGUACAAUGUAACGGUGAAACAGAUGACAACUGCCACAACAUGACGAAAUCAAGUCGAUGUUCAGGAAAUGAGACGUCACAGCCUUUCUGUUCCACCACGAAAACAAGCACUAUAACUCCAAAUGUCACCGUUGUUCGGAACAUAGUCACCAGAGGAUGCGCAUACAGUUUCACUUCUGCAUACGAGUGCUUUUUUUCAAAAGGUAGUGAUUCUUCAUUAUCAACUUACACAGAAUACACAUGCAUAUCAACAUGCGAAACAGACGGCUGCAACACGGGAAUAACGCCGGACGAAAGAAAUAAGAGGCUGUUUUGUGUGCAAUGUGACUUUGAAAAACCAGCUGAAUGCGAAACAAUGACGACUCGUACACGAUGCCCAUCUGACACGGCUGAGUACUGUGUGUCCGAGGUUGAGUAUUAUAUAUUUGAAAAUGUCGAUCGAAACUCUAAAGUUGACCCUCAAUUCAUUCUGGUUAACGUCACCCGGCGAUGCGCGACAGAAGCGGUUACAAAGCAAUGUAAAUCAACUCUGGUAAAAUCUCUCGGCGUGAAAAAGGUUAUUUGCCAGGAAAGUUGUCAAACGGACGGUUGUAACAUUGGUUGGCCCGCUCGACCACAAUGUUCUAUAUGCAAUUCACGAUCGAGUUUAAACUCUUCCGGCUCCCCUGUUAGUAACGAUGGUUACGAUAGCUGCAUCUAUAACCCACCAUCUCCAGUUCAAUGUGAAUUUCCAUACCAGCAAUACUGUGUCGCGUCACUUAAAACAAAGAAUCUGCCACCCAUCCCAAACACUGGUUACGCUCAAGAAAUGGUAAGAAGUUGUAGUCACUACAACUACGGCAACGGGUGCACUGAUGUGGGCGCUGUCAGGGGAUACGGUUAUUCCUAUUAUAACUGUAACCGAACCUGUGAAACGUACGGCUGUAAUAGUGGUUUAAUCAGUGGUUCGAUCCGAGUCACCAGUAGCGUUUACUGGCAUUUCUUUCCAGCAAUGGUGACAGUUGUAUCACAGCAGUGGACAGGCAUUCGUUUGUUCCGCAUACGUCUUUAAAAGGGAGUACAACUUUGAACGAAAACCUUUUAUUUCAAUGACAUUCUGCCCAGUGACGUUCCCACGACAGAGGGCGAAAGAGAUCUAAUAUAUUUACUUGUGUAUUCAAUGCAAUGGCUUAGCUUGUAGUUAUACUAUCCGUACACAAUGCAUUUUUGAACCACAAAUACACAAAGUAUUGUAACACCUUCGUUCUUUUAUAUAUUAGGGUGGGGAUAGAUGGGACACCUUUAACACAUAAUAUCCAAAUAUCCUGAUCAUGUUUUGAGCAAUAACAACGGUCCAUGGGAGUUGUUAGGAUACAGUUUUAUAAUUCCUUGAAUAUUCCUUCUUUACCAGCAAAUAAGACGAGAAAAUAGAAUGAAAAGUAUCCUAUCUUUCCCCACCCUACUAUAUAUAACACAUCGUAUGUAUAAACUACACCAUAAAUGGCAUACGAAUACGAAACGGUGCAAGGUACUUAAUAUUUACAUACAUAUACAUUUCAUGUAUUCUAAACGUUUCUUCCGGUGAAUGUUUCCCCAUUAAACCACAUUACUGCCUCGUGUGUUUAAA